GACAAUUGGCAACAACGUCUUUGAUGAACUUGUAAAUAAGUCGUUCUUUCUCUCAGCAUCUAUUAGGAAGCGUAAUUAUAGAGAUUUUUCCUGGGAACCUUCCAAUGAGCUUGAUUGUGAAGAUGCUUGCACAAUGCAUGAUUUGAUGCAUGAUCUGGCACGAUCAGUAUCUGCAAAUGCAUAUUGGAAUUCUGAUCAAGACUCGGUGGAAGAUGUUGGAAACAGAACAUAUCAUGUGCAAAUACAAGGAGGAGAGGAAUCAAGCAUGGCUCAGGUCUUAGGCAAGAGACCAUUGUACUUGCGCACCUUUAUGGCCCAAAAUCCAUCAUCAGGUUUGAGUAUCAAUCUGCUUGAAGUCUUCUCAGAACUGAAAUUUUUGCGGGUGUUAGAUUUAAGUUACAAUCACAUCAAAGAGGUGCCGACGUCAAUAGGAAAUCUGAUACUUUUGAGGUACCUCAACUUAUCUAACAAUAAUAUUGAAGUUCUACCCGACUCCAUAACCCUUCUCUCCAAUUUACAGUAUCUCAAUCUCAGUUUCAAUGAGGAAUUUCAAGAGCUACCAAAAAAGUUAGGGAAUAUUCAAAACCUUCGGGAUCUUGAUUUAACAUGUGGUUUUUUUGAAAGUGAUUUUAGAUUGACACACAUGCCUAGUGGAUUAUCUCGACUUACUAAUCUUCGAAGUUUAAGUCUCUUUGUUGCUGGGGACAGAAUUGGUGCAUGCUCAAUUAUAGAGCUUGAGGAUUUGAAGCUUCAAGGAGGAAUGGCAAUUAAAUUUUCCAAAAAUUUUACAAAUUAUUCUUGUGGUGGAAGAAAAAUCUUGAAGAAUCAAGAUCUUAAUGCACUGUGGAUCGAGUUUAAUAAUUCAGACAGAUAUGACAAGGACAUGUUGGAUGAUCUUUGUCCCAACACGAGUUUAAAGCAGUUAACCAUAUCCAACUAUGGGAGUCCACAAUUUCCAACAUGGUUGAUGGAGUCACAAUUGCCAAAUUUGGUUGAAGUUAACCUUCAAAACUGCUUCAGUUGUGAACAUAUUCCUUCGUUUGGAAAUCUGCAGUUUCUUAAGAAGCUUGACUUAAAGUUUAUCAGUGACAUCACACAUAUGGGUGCUGAGUUCCAUGGGUACGGAGGAUUUCCUUCCCUUCAAGAACUCUGCUUGUCUUCAAUGGAUAAUUUAGAGGAAUGGUCAGAGUCUCAUGGUGUCGAUGAGUUGUUCCCUAAACUGCAGCUGCUGCAGGUUUUCGAUUGUUUCAAAUUGAAAAGUAUGCCGAGACUUCCUACAAUCCAACACCUUGAUAUAUCAUUCUGUAGUGGGAGCCUACUCUCAUGUAUUGGAAGGCUAACUUCUCUUUCUGUUCUCAGUGUGGAUGGUAUGAAUGACAUGACAUCUCUUCCAAGUGACUGCAUCAGAAACCUCACAUCUUUGAAGGAAUUAGAAAUUAUAAAUUGCAGACAACUCCAGUAUCUUCCUGGGGAUGAAAUGCAGCACCUAGAAAUGCUUCGUUCGUUAACCAUUGACAAUUGUGAUAAUUUGGCAUCCUUCCCUUCAGAAGUGGGGCGUCUUAGUUCUCUUUGUUCUCUACAGCUCUCAAAUUGUCCAAUUAUAAUAUUGCAGCCACAAGAACUCAUACAAAUCUUGAAUUCAGUAGAUGAGUUCGAAAUAGAGAUUUGUAACAAGAAAGUCAAUUUACUUGGGCAACUGCAAUACUUGCACACUCUCAAAGACUUGUCUCUAUGCGGUGCACAUGAUCAUAGAUCAGAUAACUUUACUUUCAGAAUUCCAAAAUUAAGUAUUUGUUGUUGUGAUGAAUUGAAGUCGUUGAUGAUAGCAGAAGCAGCAAGUCAUACUGUGCUAGAAGGUAUAUGCAUAAAUGGAAUCUCCAAUCUCACGACCUUGCCUGACUGGCUGCCGCAUCUCAAGUCUCUUCGUUCACUAACAAUCGAGAAGUGCCCACGAUUAGAAAGGGUGCCAAGGGAUUUGAAGGAUCUACCUAAGUUGAGUGAAUUGAUACUUAUCAAUUGCCCACAGCUGGAAGGAAGAUGCGAAAGGGAGACAGGCGAAGAUUGGCCUAUCAUCUCACAUCUGCUAACUAUUUUUAUAUAAGCUCCUCAACUUAGCCGAUCAUCUCACAUGUAUCACACAUUGAUAUUUUCAUAGGCUCCUUAAAAAAAAACGUAGUACUACUGCCACGUUAGCAGCCCCCUCAUGAACGUCCCACGCCAUUGAGAGGGAAUUCAACAGAAAUCCAAAUUGACAAGUGCAUGAGGUUGAAAUUCUCUGUUAAAUUUUGAUACCCUGACUACUACAGUCAUUAUCCGUGCACUUACCAACUGAGCCCGCCUGGGACCUAUUUUAUAGGUUCCUCAGAUUCAGCCGAACAUGAUUCCAAAGCUGCUGUGGUAGAGGACAGGGUGCGUGGUUGACGUCUGAUUUUUUCUUGGUUCCGGCGCUGCCAUUAAUAAGGAUCAACGCCGUGCCACAGCUGCAAGUAAGGUCUGGUCCUGUUUUUCGUCCGGUGGUGUUUAAUUUGUGCAAUUUUAGCGCAGUUGGGAACAGGAAUCAACGUUGAACACAGAAGCAUCCGAGCGUGCUGUGGCUGCGAUAGCAGAGCUUGGGGAGAGGGGAGGUGGACAGCUCGAUGUGCAGGAAGGGUACGCCUCACAGCUCCUUCCAAUGUCUUGCUUUCCGAGAGUGCUGUUAUCCUUGCUGUGGAGCAUAUGUUGUCUUUCUUGGUGCCAACUCCAUCCGUUGGUUCUCCAAGGAACAACACUUUGUGAUACGCUCCUUCACAGAAGUUGAAUACUGAGCUAUAGCUGCCACAAUUACUCGGUUGGAUUCAAAAUUUGCUAAUAAGAGCUUCUCGCAUGCAUACAAAGCGAAUGAUGUCACCAAAGAAACUGUUAUGUGGCUUCACAGUCUAGGAGUCUCGAACGAUGCCACCAAAGAAGCAAAAUUUGUGUACUUCUUGAGCUGUUUUUCCAUUGUUCUCCAAGAAAAUCAACAAACAUGGCGAGUUCAUUUGUUUCCCCCUCUUGAUGUUGUCUUAGUCCAAUUUCUUUGUCUUGCAAUGUAUAAAUGAUCAUAUAUGAUAACAUAGAAACGAUAACACAAGUGCUCACCAGAUAACACAAGUGCUCACCAGUGCCGGUGUAAUUUAUUAGCAUAGUUAAUCUGUAAUUCAUUAACAUAUUUCAUUGUAAAUUCUAAGCAUUUGAUCA